AUCAAUAAUUUCUUGUUUUUCUUGUCUUGCUCCAUUCAUUGCCCAUCACGUAUCCACACAACCAUGUAUCGUCAGCAGCGACCUGAAAGCAACCCUCAUUUUCCCGGACCCCAUCUGCCUUAUGACCAAAAUUCCCAGCCUCAAGGCAAACGUACCAAAAUUCCACACAAGUUAGACCCACAAGAUCAAGAAAAACGUCCGUUACCCCGUCAGAAUGUGCAAGACCAAUCCUCCCAGCCAUUUGGUUCACCGCCAUUAGAUCUGCAGAAUCAGGAUCAUCGGCAAACCCAGCCACAUGGUCGACAGCAACAGGGUGAUCAUUCACAAGGCCCUCGGAUACCACGUGACCGCCGAACCAAUCCAUUAACAUGGCUUGGUGCAGUCUUUUGUGCAAUUCUCUGGGUUGUCAUAAUUGUAGGAGGCCUCAUUGUCUUGAUAAUCUACCUUGUUUUUCGUCCACGAAGCCCUGGUUUUGAUAUUUCUAGUGUCACAUUAAAUGCAGCCUAUCUUGACAUGGGCCAUCUGCUCAAUGCUGAUGUUACUCUGCUGGUGAACUUCACAAAUCCGAACAAGAAAGUACGUAUCGACUAUAGUUACAUGUAUAUCAAUCUAUACUAUGAAACUACACUUAUUUCUACCCAAUAUAUUGAACCCUUCUCUGCGGCAAAGGCCGAGUCCAAGUUUGCAUAUAUUCAUAUGGUGACUAGUCAGGUCCGGCUUCCAAAGGCAGAAAGUUUAAGGCUUCAAAAGCAGAUUGAAAGCAAUGGGAUCAUGCUUCAAGUCAAGGGAAUUUUUAGAGCACGAUCUAAUUUGGGAAGCAUCUUAAGGUACUCUUAUUGGUUGCAUGGUGAAUGCACUAUUCUUACUGCUGGUCCUCCUGAUGGGGUUUUGAUCAAAAGAAAAUGCAAAACAAAACAUUAAUCGAGGAUGCAUAUUGGAUUGAUGGGACGCAAACCCAAGUCAGGGCACUCUCGAUCGAGUUGAUAAGCAGUGUGUGUUAUUCUCCAUUGUUUUCCCUCUUUUGAUCACUAAUAUUAAGAUUUGAUAUUUUUGUAAAAUUUUCGUGCACCUAAUAUCUUUUCAUCAAUUGGGUUGCGGCCUGGUAUUAAGCUUUCUAUUACCUCAUUUAUCCUAAAAUCUUCUGUC